AUGAAAAAUGCCUGGGCCGUCAGCCGAGAGACGAGAAAGUUGAGUGAGCUUGUUCACAGUCUGCGUGAGCAAGGCCGAUUUACCCUCGUCCUAGGUGGCGACCAUUCCAUUGCGAUUGGUUCGUUGACAGGUGUCGCGAGAGCAACCAGGCAGACGCACAACGGGCGUGGUGUGUCUGUAGUCUGGGUCGAUGCGCAUGCAGAUAUCAACACGCCAUCCACCAGUCUCAGUGGAUACCUUCACGGAAUGCCGCUUGCGUUUGCUUCCGGUCUCGCAGAGGGUGUUGCGCCGUUCGAUUGGAUUCGCGCAGACCACUGGAUCGAUCUAUCGAGAUUGGUCUAUAUUGCAUUGCGCGACGUGGACGAAGAAGAAAGAAAAACUGUGGCAAGCCACGGAAUCAAGGUCUUUGAUAUGGAAGACAUUGCUAGAUUGGGCAUUCAAAAAGUCAUGGAGCUGGUAUUACAGCACAUUGGCGACGCCUCUGCAAUCCACCUGUCUUUCGAUAUCGAUAGUUUGGACCCCAAGUACGCCCCAUGUACCGGAUUCCCGGUUGAGGGGGGAUUGUCGUUGAGCGACUCUUGCUAUAUUGGCCGCUGUCUACACAAAUCAGGGAGACUUGUUGCCAUGGAUCUGGUCGAGAUCAAUCCACUCUUAGAGUCUGAUGGGCUCCAGCAGACGCUCGGGUCGGCACAGCUGAUUGUCAGUCAUGCUCUGGGGUUCAAUGAAGAAUAA